AUGAGCAGCACCUUUUGUAGUGUUGCUAGCAUCGUGUAUGUGCAUCGUCGUUCUGAUGUGUGCCAUCUCCUGCACUACCUCUUGCCUUGUCCUUCUGGUGAGCACCAUCUACGGUUUUGCCUUCAGCAUUAUCCUUCCAGUGAGCACCAUCUCCGGUGCCGCCCCUUGCUUGGUCCUCCUGGUAAGCGCAUCAGCAGAGCCACCAGUCCCAGAAGCGCCCAGGGCAGCGUGGAUUGUUGCGGGAGCGCUGUUUAUGGCCUCACGUGUGGCAUCGUCCUUGUGGAUGGUGCAAUCUCCUGUGCUACCUGUGACAUUGUCCUUCUGGCGAGCCAUCUCCAGCACCGCCUCUUGCACUGUCCUGAUUGUGAGCAGCAUCUUUUGUUGUGCCACUGGCACUGUCUUUCUGGCGAGCACCAUCUCCUGCACCGCUUCAGUUUAAUCGUUCUGAUUAUCGCUUUCGGCAGUGCCUCCUCUGGCAUAGUCCAUUGCCUAAGUGCACUCUACACCAUCCUCUGCACCAUCCGCUGCACCAUCCAUCGUGGGAGCUCCUUUCGGUGCAGCUUGUCAGCAUCAUCCACCAGACAAGCGCCGCUUUCUGUUUCUCCAGCAUUGUCUGUUGGCAGACUGCCCUCUCCAGCACCACCCGUCGUGGGAGUAACCCUCUCCAGUGCCUUCACCAGUGUCGCCUGUCACAGGAGCGCCCUCUCCAUUGCAUCUCCAGCAUCAUCCAUCACGGCAGUACCCGCUCCAUUUUCCUCUCAAGCUACGUCUGCAGACGUGUCCAAUGCUUGCGCUUUUCCAGCGUCGCCUGUGGUGGUGCGCUGUCUUUUUAGGCUUCUCCAGUGUCAUUCUUCACGGGAGCAGCCUCUUGAUUGCCCUCUUCAGCAUUCUCCAUCGUGUGAUCACCCUCUCCGUUGCCAUCUCCAGCGCCAUGCGUUGCAGGAGCACUCUCUUGGUUGA